GGAGGCCGCAGCAGCCGGGGUGGUGGUGCUGCCGGUGUGCUGUGUUUCGAUUGUUCUCUCCUCGCAAGUUACUCAAGAUGGGCGAUAGCUGGGCUUCCUACGGUACCGAUGAGAACAAGCAGUACCGCUUCAGGGACAUCAAGGGCAAGACCCUCCGGUUCCAGGUGAAGGCUGCCCAUGAUGCCCACAUUGCCCUUACCUCAGGGGAGGAGGAGACUGACCCUAUGCUGGAGGUGUUCAUUGGCGGAUGGGAAGGCGCUGCCUCUGCCAUCAGGUUCAAGAAAGCCGAUGAUUUGGCCAAAGUGGACACCCCUGACAUCCUGAGUGAAGAAGAAUACCGUGAAUUCUGGAUUGCCUUCGACCAUGACGUCGUCCGUGUUGGCAAGGGUGGCGAGUGGGAGCCAUUCAUGAGUGCCACCAUUCCAGAGCCUUUUGACAUCACUCAUUAUGGCUACAGCACUGGCUGGGGUGCUGUUGGCUGGUGGCAGUUCCAUAGUGAGAUUCAAUUCCAAACUGAGGACUGCCUCACCUACAACUUCAUUCCUGUGUACGGUGACACCUUUAGCUUCAGUGUUGCCUGUAGCAAUGAUGCCCAUCUGGCACUCACCUCUGGCCCUGAGGAGACCACACCCAUGUAUGAAGUGUUCAUUGGUGGUUGGGAGAACCAGCACUCUGCCAUUCGUCUCAGCAAGGAUGGAAGGGAAUCUGGCGAGGACAUGAUCAAGGUCGACACCCCUGACGCGGUCUGCUGCGAAGAGGAUAGGAAGUUCUACGUCACCUUCAAAGACGGUCACAUCAGGGUGGGAUACCAGGACAGCGAUCCCUUCAUGGAGUGGACCGACCCUGAGCCAUGGAAGAUUACCCACAUUGGUUACUGCACAGGCUGGGGAGCAACUGGAAAGUGGAAGUUCGAAUUUUAAGUCCUCCUUUGUGGCUUUGUUCACGGAAUGCAGUCAUUGGCAUGAAGUCACCAACCACUAAUUUUUUUCUUUUCUUUUUUUUAUUGUAUUUUCUCAUGGGACAAGUGGUUUUACAUGUUUUUGGAAUAUCUUUUUCCUCAUGAUGUAUGGUUUUCAGGUGAGGCAACAUCAGUUUUGCAUUUAUUAACCUUCAAAAGUAAUAUCAAUUUUAAAAGUGCAAAGUGCAUAGAUUAAUAUGGGCUACCAGAAGUAUGCUCAUUAUUUUUGCAAGCAGACAUUGAGUUUAUGAUGUUAUUGUAACAAACUUAUUCAGAAUAAUACAGAAAGAAGAAAUGUAUCAUGGUGGUUUAUUCAAAUUAAUAAACAUUUAAAUAAAAGGAAUUUUCCACAUGGUGUUUUACUUUUUUUUUUGUUCUUUGGAUGUAGCUUUAAUAUAUUUUUGACUGUAAGUAGAUGGAGUAUCUGUGAAUUAUUCUUUGGUGCUAUGCAUUUUCCACCUCAAUUCAUCUUUUGUUUGGCAGACCCUAAAUUUCAUUUCUGAUAAAUUUUGAAAUUGAAAGUCCUCUUGCAGGCUAGCACAGAAGAAUAAUAUUUAGUUUAUGAUUAGACUGUCAGUAUAAAUGGGUUUAAGAAUGUCUCAGUUUUGGGCAAAAUAUACUGUGUUUUGGUUAGAGACACUGAAGAUAUCCUUCAGAGGUGAACAAGGAACCUGCUAUUUCAUAUUAAACUAACCCUAUCAUUCCUAUAUUUGUGUCUGUCUAUAUCUGUUCCCUUGUAAAAGCAGUAAAAGCUACCAAUAAUCCAUUUCUAGAUUAAUCUUUUCCCCUGAUUUGUGUAAGAAUAAAUCUUAACAUUUUACAAAGCUUUUGACACAAAUUUAUUGGCAAUGGUAGUUUGAAUGUUUGAGGAGCUUGACAGGACACUUAGGAUCUGUAGUGUAAUACCGUAAUGUUAAUGAUACCAACUAGCCACGACAAAUGAAAAAUAUAUCUGCACAGACUGUCACAUUUCACUAUUGUUACUUUUAUAAUUAUUGCUUGCUUAAUUGAAUGAAAAUUAGUAAGUUA